AUGAAGCCGUUUCAACUUUCAAUCGUGGCCUCGUGUGCGACCCAUGCAUUGGGACAAGAUACAGCACAACAACCACUGCAUAAUGAAGACCACACUAUUGAGGACGUACCUCGCGUAGUGUCAAAAGAUCUCGACGAUUUCAUUGAGCGAAUUCGGGAGGAGUGGCAUGCUCCAGGCUUAGCCGUUGCAAUUGUGGAUGAGAACAACACUUGGGCAAAGGGCUAUGGUUACGCCGUCCUCAACACUACACCUGUCACACCACACACGCUCUACUACACUGGUAGCACCACAAAAUCCUUCACCGCUGCCGGCCUCUCUCUCCUCAUCGACAAUGCGAGCGCGACCUCAUCCGUGUACCCUGGACUGAAUUGGAAGACGCCGGUAUCCGACAUCCUGCGCGAUGACUUUGUCCUCAGUGAUGACUGGGCCACGGCUCACAUCACUCUCGAGGACGCUCUCAGCCAUCGGACCGGCUACCCCCGCCAUGAUCUGGCAUCGGCAACCACGGCCCAGGGGGCUACCCGCUUGUUUAGACAUCUACCCAUGGUCGCAGAGCCACGCACAACUUAUCUGUAUAACAACAAG